AUGGAACUGGUGUUCGAGAAGGCACACAUGGAGGAGAAGAUCGCCGAAGAAGAAGAAGCCCACCAGAGGAAACUGGACGAAAUGCGGUUGGAAAUGGAAGAAAAGUUGCAGCAGUUGAAGCUGAAGCGGAAAACAGAAACGGCCGAUGGAGAAAAUGCAUGUUGCGUGUGCUACUUGGGUUUCGGACAUCCAGGGGUUCCCAAAUGGGAAAAGGUGAAGGGUAUCAAGAAGUGGCCGAUAGCGGAAGAAGAGUCGGAAUCUGAAACGAGUUCCGAAGAAGUAGAAGAAGAAAAGUCCGCUGAAGAGGUGGAAAGCCAAGAAGAAGGAAAAGAAGAGGAAGAACGAUUCAUCGAGGAGGAAGAGAACUCUUCGGAGAAGGAAAAGGGUGGAGGAGAAAAGUUCGGAGAGAGAAGAAGAGAAAUGGCAAGAGAGGUCACGUCAAAAGCAAAGACAAAGUUGGUAGCAAGAACCGACGAAGCCGCAGAUGUCCGCUUGGAAGUUCCUGUCCAGGAAGUUGCCAACUUUUUCUGGCAAGGUGUUCGUCAGUAG